AUGACGGACGAGACAAGCCAGCCCCUGCUGGGCGAGCACGCCGACCAUUCACCUCAUCAGUCUCCAUCUACAUAUGAGCAACGCCAAUCUUUUGAAGUGUCUUCUGAGUCUACCCCGCUCCUCCACCGCCGCAAUGAUGUCCUGUCGACAUAUGGCGGUAUUGAACCACGACGGGCCUCUUCUCCAGUGUCCGGCACGCUUUCCUCCAAAGACGAUCCCAAAAAUCCGCGAAGGAGGAUUGGAUGGGCUUUUAUCUGUGGCCUACUUGCUGUCAGCGCCAUUAUCGCCAUCCUUAUCCUAGCUUUCCUCCUCCCCUCCGUUGUCAAGCAAUAUGUGAAGGAAGCCGCCGUGCUAAAGCCCACAAACCUAUCAAUCGAAUCUGCUACGAGCGAAGGAGUAAGAGCAAGGGUCCAGGGGGGUGUAUUCCUCGAUGCUGGUCGCGUCGAAAGGGGACCGGUACGAAAUAUUGGGCGUUUCGUCACUUGGAUUGGGCGCGAAGUCGAGGUUGGAGAGUCGAAAGUCGAGGUGUACCUACCAGAAUACCACAAUACUUUGGUCGGAACUGCGUCGCUACCCUCGAUGAAAAUAAUUAUCCGGAACGGCCAUGUGAAUCACCUAGAUUUUAGAGCCAAUCUAAUGGCCGGUGAGACCAAGGCCCUGCGGUCCGUCGCCAUUGACUGGUUAGACGGAAAGUUGAAACGCUUGAACCUUCAAGGAACAGCCACUCUGCAUCUCAAAUCAGGCCUGCUGAGUCUGGGUGAGCAGACUCUGACCGACUCUAUGACGUUCAAAGGCGAUGACCUUCCAUCUUUGCCGGAUAUUGAUAUCACACAGUUUAGCGUACACGACGUCGACUCUCCCGACGACGAUGAAGCAAUGGCCGUGGACGUUUCUGUCUCGGUCUUGACUGACUUGCCCUUUUCUCUGCGCAUUCCUCCUCUUGGCUUCAAAGUCCUUGUGGCCAACUGCGCGCCGAACGACCCUUAUAUCUCGGUGGCGGAUGUCAUCACCAAAGAGGUCACAGUAACGCCUGGCUCCAGAACCGUGCUCGACGUUGCUGGCAUUAUCCGGGGUCUCUCUGAUGAACUUACAUCAAAUUGUCCGGGUGAAAAGAGCUCGCCCCUUGAUUCCCUUCUUACAAACUAUAUCCACGGUCUUCAAACAACGAUUUACGUUCGUGGAGCUGAUUUCCCAUCAUUGGGCACACCCAAAUGGGUAACCGAUAUCCUCAAGAGUGUGACUGUACCCCUACCCUUUACCGGACGAGCUUUGGAUCAUAUUGUGAGAAACUUUACCAUGGCUGAUGUUCAUUUCUCGCUUCCGGACCCCCUGGCAGAGCCUGAUUCUCCAGAAUCUCGACCAACCGUCUCUGCUUUGGUGAAAGUAUUGAUAGGAUUGCCGGAACAGGUUGGGUUUGACUUGGACGUACCGCGAGUCCGAGCAACUGCCGAUGUUUACUAUCAUCAAAGUAAACUAGGCGUGUUAAAUCUGAAAGAAUGGCAGUCUGCUAACUCGACACUUGUUCACGACGUCGACAAUACCAUCGCGUUACUCGUUGAAUUCCCAAUGCGCAAAGCACCGCUCGAGGUGACCGAUGACGACGUGUUGACAGACGUACUUUCGAGCUUAAUCUUUCAAGGGAAGCCUGUUCAACUUACAGUCUCUGCGAGCGUCGAUGCAGAGAUCUCCACAAGCCUUGGGGAAUUCGCCGUCCGCGGGAUUCCAGCCGACAGCAAAUUGACCGUCAAACCACCUUAUGGCGGCUCGCUCCCUGAUGGUUUAAGUCCACAUUUGGAAUCACUUGCGCUAGGAGACACGACAGAGUCCUCGCUUAUCGUGAAAACAGCGGUCAACUUCACAAAUCCGACCCAAUACUCAAUCUCACUACCUUUUAUCGAUUUCUUGCUUGUCUACAACUCGACAAAGGUUGCGCAUAUGACCACGAAUGAUGUUAGAAUUGUUCCCGGGGCAAACUCUGAUAUUCCUAUUGAUCUUCGAUGGAGUCCACAUGACCUAGGCGGGCCUUCAGGUGUACUCGCUGGUCGAGAUUUGAUCUCGCAAUAUGUGUCAGGUCACAACACUUCAGUCACAGUCACAACGCACAAAGGAACCAUUCCAGCGCUACCCAAUCUGGGGCAGUCCUUAUCCAGACUAGGGUUCGAAGUUCGGAUUCCUAGACUACCUGUCCGUCGUGAUCCCGACGGUGAUCCAGAUCAGCCUGGUCACAAUGGCCCCGGAGGGUUCAUACAAGAAGCCACGCUACAUCUACUUUCAUCAACUGCCGAGUUUACCUUGUUUUCGCCCCUGACCAAUACAACUAUAGAGGUCACAUCGGUGGAAGCACAAGCAUUCCGAAACCAUGACGAAAAAGUCGGCACAAUCAACUAUUAUGAACCUUUUUCAGUGUCGCCAGGGAUUUCUCAUUCUCCUCGGCUACCUGUCGACUUGAAUCUAGGUGGAAUCGGCUACGGUGACCUCAGGAGAGCUGUUGGUGGUUCACUAGACUUGGAUACUGUGGCGAAGAUUGGCCUUCGGGUCAAAGAUUAUGAGGAUAUUAUUCAUUAUCAUGGAAAGGGAAUCAAGGCGAAGGUUAAACUGUGA